GAGAGAGAGAGGUCAGUAGAAAACAAUUUUAGGCUGUGCACAAGGGCUGGGCUUCUGAGAGUUAACCUAGAUGGUAUUCACAGUUGGCAGAAGUUUCUGUCAGAUCUUCAAAUGUUUUCAGAUGAGCUGUUUCCCUGGGAAUAACAACCCCGACACACCAGGAGCAGGGAGCAAGGGAGAGGCAACGGGAGUAACAGCACUGACACACCAGGAGCAAGGGAGAGGCAACAAGAGUAACAGCACUGACACACCAGGAGCAGGGAGCAAGGGAGAGGUGAAGAGGGAAGUCAAGGAAAAUUGAUCAUUUAUGAAUGCACAGGAACUAGCUGAAAUAGUGGGGCAGGAGGGAGGAGGGAAGCAGAAGAGGACCAGAGGGGAACUUCAGAGAUCAAGGGGAUUGAGCAAAGGAGAAAGACAAAGAAAGCUUGGAAUAGAGCACGAGGGAGAAACCAAAAAAGGAAUAAGCCCAGAGUGCUGCAGAAGAGCUAGAAGAGGCGUGCUUGCAAGAGAGAGCGUGGGGAAAUGCACAAGACAGAACUCAAAGCCACAAAACAGACUUUAAGAAAGGAAGGAACAAGUGAUUAAUUUAAAGGCCGGCAUUUGCUUCCUAGUGACUGGGAGGAAAGACCUCCCCCCCGCCUCCCCCAGGGGCUAGCUGCCAGUGAGCAUGGGCCUCUCUGAGCCAUUUCCCUGAAGAGCCCCACGAUGUCAGGGGGGUCCCGUCUGAAGCAGCUGGAGGAGGGGGUGCUGCAGGACGGCAGUCCAGUCAGCCUGCAAACACUGCUGGACCUGCUGGUGUGCGUCUUUGAAGCUCUCCGGAUCUCUCCUAUUGCACAGGAGAGCCAUGUAGCAAGCUUCCUGCAGUGGGCGGAGCCCCUGGCACGACAGGUGAAGCAGCUGCGACUCCAGCGGGAAGACUUUGAGAUCCUCAAGGUGAUUGGUCGUGGAAACUUCAGCGAGGUUGCCAUAGCGAAGAUGAGGCGUACAGAGCAGGUGUACGCAAUGAAGGUUAUGAAUAAAUGGGACAUGGUGAAGCGUGGAGAGAUUGCCCGCUUCCAGGAGGAGAGGGAGGUGAUGGUCAGGGGUGAUCGGCGUUGGAUCACUGAGCUCCACUACGCCUUCCAAGAUGACAACAACCUGUACCUGGUGAUGGACUAUUAUGUGGGAGGGGACCUGCUGACUCUGCUCAGUAAGUUUGGAGAUCAGAUCCCAGAGGAGAUGUCCCAGUUCUACCUGGCAGAGAUGGUGAUGGCUGUCGACUCCAUACACAGGCUGGGCUACGUGCACAGAGAUAUCAAGCCUGAUAACAUCCUGUUGGACGCACAGGGACAUAUCAGACUGGGAGACUUUGGCUCCUGUCUCAAACUCAGGGAAGACGGAAUGAUCUGUUCGUCGGUAGCGGUGGGGACCCCUGAUUACCUCUCCCCCGAGAUCCUGCACGCCGUGGAGGACAGCUCUCGCUGCUAUGGACCCGAGUGUGACUGGUGGUCCCUGGGGAUCUGUGCGUUUGAGAUGUUUUUCGGUCAGACCCCUUUCUACGCCGACUCCAUCGCUGAAACAUACGCCAAGAUCAUCAACUUCCAGGAUCACUUUGUGUUCCCAAGGUCUGUUCCGGGGGUCUCUAAAGAAGCCCGGGAUCUCAUUGGCGGUCUGGUCUGUGGGAGGCAGCAGCGAUUGGGGCGAUGCGGGUUUGAGGACUUCAAGGGGCACCCCUUCUUUGCUGGUAUUAACUGGGAGAAGCUGAGACACUGCCAGCCCCCCUUCCAGCCCGAGGUGUUGAACUCCACCGACACCUCCAACUUCGACGUGGUGGAUGACUGUCUCAGCGACGUGGAGAGCCUGUCUGAAGUGCUGGAGGAUGUGCCUCUGGGAGUUCAUCUAGCCUUUGUGGGCUAUUCAUACACCGCAACCAAAGAGACGGGUGCUGUGGACCGGAGCAGAGACAUCAUGGUGGAGAUCAGCAGAGAGCAGCUCUCUGAAGAACAGGACCUGCUGUUCCAGGAAACCCCGGUAGGGGGCGCUGCUUUCUUUUUACAGCUGAGUCAGGUGUGGAUGCCGACUGAGCUGCCCCCAUGCCUAGAGCUCCCCCUGGAGCCAGAGGAGGCUAGUGCAGAGCCAGACAGCUGCUGGGAAGAAGCAUUCAUCAGCAGGACCAUCAUUGGAAACCUGGAGAGUCGGUUGCGAGAUGCAGAGAGAAGGAACUGGGAACUAGAAGAGGAGAUUGAGAGAUUAAACCUGGAGAUCAAGACUCUGAAAUCUGCACAAGAGAAAGAGCUAAGAAUCCUCCAAUCUCUCCACUCUCUCCCUGCCUGCAGCCUGGACCACACGUGGGAUAGCUCAGUGGUGCCCUCUCUCUGCAAGUACCCCCUUGUUGUUCCCAUCCACCGGCACCUGCUCCUCUUCUCCAGGAUGCGUCGGCCGAAUGCGAGGAAUGAGGGUUAUCUGCUUCUCUGCACGGCAGGAUGGGCGUUCAGUUCUGGGGCUUGUUGCUCACUCACUGAGCUCUCCUGAAUGAAGCACUCUACUGACAGAACAAACCCCGCCCCACACCCCAACAUUGGCAUACGACAACAUGCUGAAGGAAGGAAGGAAUCAGAGGAGAGGAUUUCCACUUUCCUGGGUGCUAAUCAAGAAAAGUAACAAGAGACAGCAAGUUUAAGAACAGCACAGUCCCAGGGUGCUGAUCUCAACGUCUCUGAUGCGAGUCAGAGCACGCCAAAUAUUAGAUUCUUGGCACAAAGACUGCUGUUUUGUUCUGAAACAUUAAGCUGUGGGCAUUCUUCUUCCAAAAAUGUGCUGCACCAUUGCAACAAAUGGUUUCUGCUGCUACUAGGGAAAUGUUUCUAAAAGAUUGUACAGGUAAUUUGUAAGCCUUUUACUCCCGUUGGCAUUCGUCAGUCUGUGCUCGAGAAAGGACCAGGACUGAAUGGGGGCGUUCAGGUCAGGACUGCCUCACUGUAGCCAGAGCCAUAGACCUUGUUAUUAGCACUACAUUGUAGGAAUCCUGAGUGGUUCUAUGUAGUGUUGCUCCAACAUUGAGUUACUGUUCUCAAUAUAUCAAUCAAUCUUUAUUUUAGCGCCUUUCUUAGUGGACCACCAUCACAAAGCGCUUUACAAGAUAGUAAG